AAGUUUUCGACGAAUAGCGCAAGAUACACUUUCAAAUCGACCGUUCCUGCGGCCUUACCUAACGGCGACUUUUCGCGGAUAAUAAACUGGUUAUAAUAUAAUCCAGUUUUUGCAAAUUAAUUCGAAUAAUUCCGAGUCGCGUUGCGGCGGUCUUGACCUAUUGUAUGGGGUUUUAGAAAAAUAGGAAAUUGCAUUUCUUUCAUCGGAAAACAAAGUGUUUUGAUUCGUAUUUUGCUGCGUGUAGGUAUAAGUCCAUUAUGAAUUGGAAGUCUUUGGUAUUUCUGCUUAUUUGCUUUGUAGCAUGCGUUUAUUGCGAGAGAAGUAUCCGAAAGCGCUCCUUGCUCGUGGGUUUCCUCAGCAACAAGACAAAAACAGCCACCCAAACUGUAGGAAAACUAUCCGGUAAAGGAGCCUCGGUGAUCGGAAACGUCGGCGCCAAAAUCCUCGAACCGGUGUCUUCAGGAGCCUCGAGCAAACUCUCAGAUGUAGCCAAUAAAACCGGAAAGGCGAUAGAAAAGACCGGCAACAGGACCGCCUGCGUUGCCGGAAAAGCGGUGAGAGUCGCGGAAACUGUCGGAGAAAAAGUCAUCAAUUUUACCUUCAGCGAUCACGAAAUACGCGACAUAGAAAAAAAUUUCGCCCGGCGCGUCGGCGUCAGAAUGUCCCAAGACACCGACGUCCAGAAGUUCCGCAGCCUCCUGGGCGGCGUCCUGGACCCCACGACCAAGCUGCUGGACGCCGACAGAACGGCCUGCGGGCUGUGCCAGCUGCUGGUCAGAGGCCUCCAGACCAGCGCCCUCACCGUCGCCUUAGUCGGAGAGUUCAUUUGCAACGUCUACGUCCUGCUGGCCACCUACACGGUGUCCGAUUUCUGCAAGUCCAUCGUCGAAAUAAAUGUUCCUAUACUCAAGUAUGUCCUCGAACACAGCGAGAUUCUGGACCCGGAGCUGGCCUGUACGAUCCUCCUGCAAACGAAGGAGUGCUCUUACGAGAAACCAGCGCUGGCCUGGCAAUCGGCAGUGUCUACUACACCGCCCAUUUACCCACAGGUAAGUUUCGACCCUAACGAAACCCCAUUAACGGUGCUCCAUCUGACCGAUUUCCACAUUACCCCCGAUUACGAGGUCGGGGGCGUCUCGAACUGCGGCUAUCCCGUGUGCUGCAAAAAGGGCUUUGGGAGCCCCCUUAAGGGGGAACGUGCUUCCAAAUGGGGUGACUACAAUUGCGAUAUACCGCCUUGGCUGCUGGGGGCUACUUUGCAGCAUUUGAACAGCACUUACAAGAAUGUCAGUAUGGUCUAUUUUACUGGUGAUAUUAUCGAUCACACUAUUUGGAACACGUCCAUACGAACUAACACUGAAAUGAUAUACUACACAUACAAAGCUCUGGCUGAGACUUUCCCCAAUUCCAAAAUAUUCUCUGUUAUCGGAAACCACGAAUCUAACCCUCUUAACCAGUUUUCUCCCCCGCUGGAAGACAUAGCGAAUAAAGGAUUAUCCACGAAUUGGCUGUACGAAUUGAUGGCCAAGCUGUGGAGGCCUUGGUUGCCCGAGAAGGCUCUGGAAACUGUCAGAUACCAAGGCUACUACGCCCAUUCUGUGAACUCUAGGCUCAAAGUCAUAGGGUUGAAUAAUAACGUUUGUUAUAAUUUUAAUUGGUGGUUAUUGUUGAAUACGAAAUUCAUCGAUGAGCAACUUCAAUUCCUCAACCGGGAAUUAGAAGAAUCCGAAAGAAACCAUCAGUUUGUCCACAUAAUAGGUCACGUUUCGGUGGGAAACCAAGAAUGCAUAAGACCUUGGGAAAUUAGUUACAACAAAAUCGUUCAAAGAUUUGCGCACAUAAUUAAAGGCCAGUUUGUCGGGCACACUCACACCGACGAAUUAAAGAUAUUCUAUGAUAGUAAAUCGAAACCGAUCAAUAUGGCCUACAAUGGAGCCAGUUUAACGCCAUUUGUAAAGUUUAAUCCUAAUUAUAAAGUGCUUCACGUUCAUCCAACGACUAUGGACAUCCUAGAUAUAGAUACGUAUUAUUUCAACAUGACUGAAGCCAAUCUUCACCCCGAUAGGACUCCCGCUUGGGCCAAAUUGUACUCCAUGAAAGAGGCCUAUAACUUGCCAGACUUAUCACCGGCUUCCUUCGAUGUAUUCGCUGAUAAGUUGCUCGUAGAUAGAAAUUUGCAGGACCUCUAUUGGCUUAAUUACGUAAGGAAAGGGGAUGCUUCCAUAAAGGACGGAUGCGAUGAUGAGUGUAGAGAAGAAAUAAUAUGUAAAGUAGUAACAACGUUGUCUUUGAAUUCCUCCAAGAGCCAAUGCGUUUAAAAAUAGUAUUUAUCUAAAAAAUAUUCCCCACUUUAUUAUUUAAAUGUAAAAGAUGAUAAGAAGUAUAAAAAUAUAAAUAAUAACUCAAAAUAAUAAAAAAGAUU